UUUCCCGGCCCUGGUAACCUUUCCAUAGCGGACCAGGGUUGAUGGGAAUGUAAGGAGCUCCACACUCCUGGGAAGGAUGGAGUCAGUUUUCCCCUUGGUCACUGCCCUCUCUGGUCUCUGAUGACUGUCUGAAUGGCUGGUGUGAUUCCAGGAUGACUCAGGUGUACCCUGCAUAUUCCCAAAUUCUCUGGAAGUGUCAAGGGUGUUGUAUACUGUGGGAAAGGAGCAGGUUGUAGUGUCCACCGCAGGGGAACCUGUCUCCCCGUGUGGGCCAGAAGAGGGCUGCUGGGGUCUGCGUGGGGCCUUGGGAGGUGAGGACCCAAGUCGCCUGGCCCGUGGACUCCUGCCUCCACUCCAUCUCCGGCGGAGCCCUGCAGCCUGGCGCUGUGCCAGCAGCAGGCUUAGCAGGUCCCAGGGGUGUGGUGGCGGCCAGUGGUGGAGCCAGCCUACAUAGGCCAGCAGUCAGCAAAGCAGCACAGUCCAUCCGGCACUGCUGAGCUUGCUGCCACUGGAGCCCAGACAGGCAGCUUGGCCAUGAGCCCUCUGCUGUACUAUGCUCUGCCUGCCCUGGGCAGCUAUGCCAUGCUCUCCAUCUUCUUCCUGCGCCGGCCUCGCCUGCUGUACACACCUUGGGUUUCAGUCUUCCGUCCCCGCCUGGGGGCCCACCGGGGAGGAUCGGGAGAGCGGCUGGAGAACACCAUGGAGGCCAUGGAGAACUCCAUGGGCCAGAGAGCAGACCUCCUGGAGCUCGACUGCCAGCUCACCAGGGACGGAGUGGUGGUGGUGUCACAUGAUCAGAACCUGUCCCGCCAGUCGGGUCUCAACAGGGAUGUGGGCAGCCUGAACUUUGAGGAGUUGCCCCGCUACAAGGAAGAGCUGGAGGUUUACUUCUCGCCAGGCCGCUUCGCACACGGGUCGGACCGGCGCAUGAUGAGUCUGGAGGAAGUGUUCCAGAGGUUCCCUCAGCUGCCUAUGGCUGUGGAGGUCAAAGGGGACAAUGAAGAGCUCAUUCACAAGAUAGCAGCCCUGGUGAGGCACUUCAACCGCAAUGAAAUCACCAUCUGGGCCUCAGAGAAAAACUCAAUCAUGAAGAAGUGCAAGGCUGCUGAGCAGACUGCUCGCUCUCUCUCUCUCCCACUUCCCCUUACCACUCCCCAGAACCCCGAGAUGCCAUCUUCCUUCACAAUAAGCCGAGGAAUCAGGGUGCUGCUGUUCUAUUACCUGGGGCUGCUGCCCUUCAUCCCCAUCCCUGAGAAGUUCCUCCUCUGCUUCCUACCCACCAUCAUCAACAGGACCUAUUUCCCGUUCUCCAGCCCGGGGCUGAACCAGCUGGCUGCUGUUGUGAGCAGAUGGAUCAUCAUGAGGAAAAGUCUCAUCCAACACCUGGAGCAGCGAGGGGUACAGGUGAUAUUUUGGUGCCUUAAUGAAGAAUCAGAUUUUGAAGUGGCCUUCAAUCUGGGGGCCUCUGGAGUGUUGACUGAUUACCCCACAGCCCUGAGGCAGUAUCUGGACAACCGUGGAGCAGCCCUCUAAGCCAGAGCCCCUCACCUUUUUGUGUCUUCCCUAAUAAAUGCUUUCU